CUUGGUCUUCGGAAGGCGGCCGGGAUGCCCGGCGCCCUGGCCGCCCGCACGCACGCCACGAGGAGGCCUGAGGCCCGCGCCAGCCCCGCGCCCACCUCAGACGCCUCUCGCUGCGGUCCCCUUUCGCCCGGCUGCCCGCGCCGGGUGGGCAGCGCUGCGCACGCGCGGACCGAGGCAGGGGUGAGGGGCUGCGGGAGGAGCCGGGCGGAGGCUGCGGCUGGCGCUUCUCCUGGCUCUCCUCCCUCUCUUUGUUGAGGUCCGGCCUUCUCCCUCCGCCUUUUCGAUCUGGGUGGGAGGGAGGAAGGAAGGAAACCUUAACGGUCGGCGCCAGGUGCCGGGGAAACCCAGAGGGCGAGUCGACUUCGCGGGCCCGAGGGGCGAAAGCGGGCUGUAAAAAAUGGUGAAAGAAACCACUUACUAUGAUGUUCUGGGGGUCAAACCCAAUGCCACCCAGGAAGAAUUGAAAAAGGCUUAUAGAAAAUUGGCCUUGAAGUACCACCCCGAUAAGAAUCCAAAUGAAGGCGAAAAGUUUAAACAGAUUUCUCAAGCUUAUGAAGUUCUUGCUGAUUCCAAAAAAAGGGAGUUAUAUGAUAAAGGAGGAGAGCAGGCGAUUAAAGAGGGUGGAGCAGGUGGUGGUUUUGGCUCACCCAUGGAUAUCUUUGAUAUGUUCUUUGGAGGAGGAGGAAGGAUGCAGAGAGAAAGGAGAGGUAAAAAUGUUGUGCAUCAGCUCUCAGUGACCUUAGAAGACUUGUAUAAUGGUGCAACAAGAAAACUGGCUCUGCAGAAGAAUGUGAUCUGUGACAAAUGUGAAGGCCGAGGUGGUAAGAAAGGAGCAGUAGAGUGCUGUCCCAACUGUCGUGGGACUGGCAUGCAAAUAAGGAUUCAUCAGAUCGGACCAGGAAUGGUCCAGCAAAUUCAGUCAGUGUGCAUGGAAUGCCAGGGUCAUGGAGAACGUAUCAGUCCUAAAGACAGAUGUAAAAGCUGCAAUGGAAGAAAGAUAGUUCGAGAGAAGAAGAUUUUAGAAGUUCAUAUUGAUAAAGGCAUGAAAGAUGGUCAGAAGAUAACAUUCCAUGGUGAAGGAGAUCAAGAACCAGGACUGGAGCCAGGAGACAUUAUCAUUGUGUUAGACCAGAAGGACCAUGCGGUUUUUACACGACGAGGAGAAGACCUUUUCAUGUGUAUGGAUAUACAGCUGGUUGAAGCAUUGUGUGGCUUCCAAAAGCCAAUAUCCACUCUUGACAACCGAACCAUAGUCAUCACCUCUCAUCCAGGUCAGAUUGUCAAGCAUGGAGAUAUAAAAUGUGUGCUGAACGAAGGUAUGCCAAUAUAUCGUCGGCCAUAUGAAAAAGGACGUCUAAUCAUUGAGUUUAAGGUAAACUUUCCUGAGAAUGGCUUUCUCUCUCCUGAUAAACUUUCUUUGCUGGAAAAACUCCUUCCUGAAAGGAAGGAAGUAGAAGAGACUGAUGAGAUGGAUCAGGUAGAACUGGUGGACUUUGAUCCAAAUCAGGAAAGACGGCGUCAUUAUAAUGGAGAAGCAUAUGAGGACGAUGAACAUCACCCUAGAGGUGGCGUUCAGUGUCAGACCUCCUAAUGGGCCAGUUACUGUUUGUCACUCUAUAUGCAGUAGUGAAUGUGGGAAGGACUGUAAUCAUAAUAUGCUCACUACUUGGCUGUUGUUCUUGUUUUAAUAUUCAACUAUAGUAGUGUUUUAAAAGUUAAAAUGAAGAAUAAACACAAAUAUAAAAGCUCUGACUUUGCCCUGUAUGUAUGAUGACUUCAGUGUUCAAGAUGAAGUUUUAGUACUUGUAAAAAAAACUACUUUAAAAGUUCCCUAGCAUCUGUUAGGCCAUAUCUUGUGUAACUGAUAUUAGCUGUGUAUAUUAGACUGAUAUGCUAGGUAUGUGUUAUAUGACCCUUAAUUGUUAAGCUAUGGAAUUAAAAUUCUGUAUUUAAGGUAAUCAGAAAAAGAAAACAAUUAGUAGUGACAUGUUGAUCUGUCUAGUUGUAUGAAGUGGAUUAAUUGUGAUGCCUCUGCAUUGUAUUGCCUCAGCCAUUACUAGAAGGUGGCAUAAUACAUAAUUUCACCUGUUAUUAGUGAUAGAAAUGAUACAUUCCUAAAGAAAUUUAUCAAACUACUGCUUAAGGGCUUGCUCUUCUAGAUUGCAUUCCCUUCUGCUGUGCCAUCUGUUAAAAGAUAUUUUAUAUAUAUAUAUAUAUAUAUACACACACACACAUACACAGUUAGAAAACAUGGCCACCUCUCUUCUCUUCUCCUUGAACCAUGAUAAGCCCUUGGGUAGUGACUUCCAAAACCCAAGUAAUUUUACAAAUUAAAGUGAAGAGACCUUGUAUGUGGGGAAGUGAUUUGCAUGUAUAAUCCAGGAAAGGCUUGCUAUUUUGACUUAGGCUCCAACGUAAUUGCAAUUUAUUGUUGGUAGUAUAGCAAAUUAUGAAUAGCUUUGUUGUAUGUUUUAAAGUCACAUGUUCACAUGCUUAAAUCUGGGUAUCAGAAUUUAAGCAGUUAUUGAAAUGUAUGACUGUCUCUUAAUACACUGAUUAUAAAGUGUUUCUAAUGCGUCA